CCACCACCAUAUGCCAUAUAUUAUAUAGAUCAUCACUCCUCCAUUUAUAUUGUCACCGGCAAACCCUGUCAUAUGAUCUUCCGCUGUGAAGUUAUUACAAAACCCUUACUGUCUUCCUUCCUGUUGGCUUAUUGAUAGGCCUAGAAUUCAACUACCUAUACUCAAGACUCAAAGGGGCGGAUCCUUAUGGCUUCACUAAAUCCAUGCGCUAAGGAGCUACACCUGCUUUAUGUCCUUACCGACUCGAGCCUCCCUACUGGCGGUUUCGUAUCCUCCUCUGGCCUCGAAUCAUUCGCCAAACACGGAUUUCUUUCUUCACAGUACUCUUACACAUCCAAAGAAUUUAAAGAUGGUGGUGUCCCGGGAAAGAAGAGUAUGACAGGAGGUUUGGUUGAUUUUGCGAGGGCCGAAGUGAGUAACUAUGCUAGUACAACCGGAGGGUUUGUCAAGGAUGGAUGGACUUGUGUAGAUGAUUCCCGUAAAGCUUCCAAAGCUGGGACUGGCAUAAUAGAAGAUGAGGUGCAGAGAGUGCUCCAAAAGAUACAGGCGCUAGACAAGUAUCACGAGUGCACGCUCCUGUCUCACGUUGGUCGGCGGUCAUCGAAAGCUCAAGGUGUAGCUAUGCUCACCCUUUUCUCCCGUGGGCUGAGCCGUCCGGUAGGGAUUGAUGAGUACUUGAAUGACGAUGGAGGAGGCCCCGGAUCGACCGAUGAAAUGGGCGUCAAGAUCAUAGAAGGUUAUAAGAAAAUGGUAAUCUUGGAGAAGGUUCCGGGGCACUUGGCUGUUUGCUGGGGUGUUAUUACAGCUGCCUUGGGACUACCCGUUGAUCGAGCUUUGCACCUACAUCUUUUCCUUCACGCACGCUCCCUCCUUUCCUCGGCCGUCCGUCUGAACAUCAUCGGUCCAUACGCUUCCUCCCAGCUUCUCCUUCACCCUUACCGGGACAUCAUCAAUCAAGAAGUUGAGAAACUGAGCAACUGCACCACCGGUAUUAUUGAGGACAAGGCCGAGAAAAGUGGGGAGGAAGAAGAUCUCUGGGCAUGGACAGAGGAUGCUGAGAAGGGACCGGCAACUACGUGGCCACUUGGAGAAGUUUUGAUGGGGAGACACGAUAUUCAGCAUUCGAGGAUCUUCAACUCAUGAUUUCUGUGCUGGAAUAGAAAUCGCUGAGAAGGUUAGCCGCAUGGCUUAGCUCUGCUUGGAGUAUGCCCGAACUUGUUGAUAGCAGUUGUAAUGCGUGUCACAGAAUUGCAAUACCGAUCAAUGGCCAAAGAAACAAAAUAACCUGCGUUGACUAGAAUAGAUAAGUCAGACAGGAGGUGAGAGUCGCCAUUGGUUGCUUAUUAGCUGUGAUACGUAGAUUAGGAUUUCAUAGAAGGCCUA